UUUCAUUCUUCUUGCUAAAAAAGUCACAUCACUAAUAUUUUGUGUUCUUUUCUUUUAGUUUUUUUUUUUUUUUUAAAUUUUGUAUUCAAUUGUGAUUCGCGCAAAUUAUAUUCCUUUACGACGAUGAUACUUACCGUGUCUUACUUUUAAAUAAUCAAUUUAAGUAGAGAAGGAAAUGGAGGACUGCAGCGCGAAGGGAGGAUGGAAAGAACAGCUGUCCGGACUGUAACCACACCGGUCACUGUACCGGUCCAUCUCUGUGUUCUGGCAAAAUAAUGAUAUCUACGUUUCUGACACGUUUGUACAUAUUCGGUACCUGUGCUGCCCUCACAUUUGGAAGUAAAUGCGGACAAAGUGAAUAUUCAUCAGCAGCUGAAGAAUGCUGUCCUAUGUGUGCUAUAGGGUCUGUGGUUCUGAAAGACUGUCAUGGUGAUUACAGUACAACAUGCAAACCUUGCUCUAAAGGAACAUUUAUGAAUGAACCAAAUGGGCUACUCACCUGCUUUCAGUGUAAAAUCUGUGAAAAUGGAUUUUAUAUUUCGCAAGACUGUACAACAUUAGAGGAUACAGUAUGUGGGGUGUUGGAUGGAUAUUAUUGCAUGAGUUAUUCAGAUGACAAAAGAGAUUGUUUACAUGCAAUAAAACAUAGUAAAUGCCAACCGGGGGAACAGAUAAAAACUCCAGGCACAAAGUCCUCAGAUACAGUUUGUGAGCCCUGUCUCUCAGGAUUUUACUCUCCUGAAGGUGUGAACUGUUCUAAAUGGACUGACUGUUCAGUCAAAAAUGAGAUUGAGGAACAAGAAGGCACUUCCAUUAAAGAUGUUCAGUGCAAACCAAGAAACUGGAAUAUGCGAUAUGGACUCAUAGCAGCUUUACUUACAGUUACAGUUCCACUUUUGCUGUCACUUAUAGUUUUAUAUUUGAAGCAAAAUCAUAAAAUCCUGUAGAGGAAACACAUGAUCAAAAUUCAGAAUUUCCCUUAUUACUGGAAGAAAAUCAGGAAACAGAAUCGCCAGAUUGCAGCAAGGAACACUUCAAUACCCUCCACUUCAAUACUCUGAGUUACAUGUAUGUCUUUAGAUGUAGCAUUUAUUUUCUAAUAUCUUUCUUUUCCUAACUUUUAACUCCUUUAACUAUGAAUUAGUACACCCUGUGUGCCUGCCUUUUGUAAAAAUGCUUAAAUAUUGCUUGACUUUCUUAGAAUGCUAAUUUUGUAUGUGAUUUUGUAUGUUUUUUAGGCAAUGAAACAAGCUUUAAAGCUUUUAACACUUUUUUUUUGUAUAUGUAAGUACAUGUUUACAUAAAUUUGAAGUAUUGUGUUCAUUUAUCCUGACAAUUCAAAAUGAUAGCCUUCCUGAAACACCUGCACUAUUUUAAGACCCUUAUCUCAGCCUGUUGGAAAUGUUACUUGGUUCUUUUGAGUUUUUCUGUACCCAAGGCCUACUUAAACUUUUUGAGGUAUCGAAACUGCUUACUGUUUGGUUGAUGUAACCAAGAGAUAUGAAGGAUAUUGACAACAACAAACUCCACAUUUUUAUAUCUAGAAACUGUGAUUUUCUGAAUUUUUAUCUCAAUUUUUGUCUCAAUUUUCCAUGGUCAUUUAAAAAAAUUACUAACAAAAAAAAUAAAUAAAAUAACUAGAGCAAUAAGUGUUAGCUUGGUAUUAACCGCACCUCAGUCCUUCACUACUGUGUACUACUAUAAAUGAUGAUUUGACUGUAAGUUAGAUUGUUCAAUUUAAACCCAAAUGUUUUUUUCUAAUAACAUUGUGAACUACUUACAAUUUUUGUAGAGUGUAUAAAAACUAAUAUGCUUUUCAAAUUUCGUGUAAAUUUUUCUUUUGUUGCUUUACAUCACUGUGCUGUUAAAUGUUUGAAUCUGUAGUCAGGCCUGAGGUCAGAGGUGUAGUGUGAAUGGGUAUGCUUCUUGAUAUUUAUAAAUUUCAUUAGAAAAAACAACUUAUGUCUGCAGUCUCAUUACAUCAUUUUUCCUUUGCUUGUCUAUCAUAUCUACUCACCCUUUCAUCAAAUCUAUCAAUAUAUCGGAGCAUAUCCAUUAAAGAACUUCUAGUUUUACCUAUAAUUAUACUAAAACUAUAACUGUGUAUGACAAACAAAAUGUAUGUAAAAUAUAUAGCAAUUGGUCUGUUUACUGAGAUAAUAACAGACUGCUUCUGGGAACGUGGACAUUUUUUGUGGAUAACAAGGACUCUAAACUAUGGAAUAAUUUAUGUUGUGUCUAGUUAAAACUGUAACUAUACUAACCUAUGGUAAUUAUGAUCAAACUGGUUACUGUUGACUUUUCUGACACUUUGUACAUAUUCAGUAAGCAGGGUGUGUGAUACACACACUACAUUGUCUAUUGUUCUGGCACACCCCUCCAAAUUGUUCUUUUUCAGGGGUUGGGCUUGGACCCUUAGUUCCAGUGAAAGGAACUAUUAAUGCUUUUUGGACAAUUUCAUGCUCCCAAC